AUGUACCAGUUGAUUCCAAUUACACAUCCCUGUUUGGAUACUAAGCAGCCAUUGCUACUGCUUCAGUCUGAUCAUGGUGAUAAAUACUUCUUCGGUAAGAUAGGAGAAGGUUCUCAAAGAGCCUGUAAUGAGUCAAAGGUUAAGUUCGGGAAAUUGAACGGAAUAUUUUUAACAGGUGAGAUGGAUUAUUCCUGCAUCGGUGGGUUACCAGGGUUAAUCUUGACUGCUAGUGAUCAGGGGAAAAAAGAUAUAAGCAUUUUUUAUGGAUCUAAUAUCUUGGAUUACGUGGUUAGUACUUGGAGAUAUUUUGUGUUCAGGUUCGGUUUGGAUUUAAAGGUUUCCACGUUGAAAAAUUCGGAAUGUUAUCAGGACUCUACUAUUACUGUAAAAUCAAUCGUCAUUAGCAAUAGUGCAAAUGUAGAUCAAUGUGUACAACAACAUCAGUCGCUCGGUUUUACUAAUGGCUUGAAGAAUAUCAUCGCUCGUAUGUUCCCUGAAGUAAAUCCCACAGAUGAACAGGAUCCUUCUGCAAAUAGCACGUUAAAUGUUGAUAUACCGCCUGAAGCCAUUGGAGCCAAGAAUCUGACGACGUCUUACGAGCUUACCUUCCCAGCUGUUAGAGGUAAGUUCAACGUGGAAGAAGCUAAAAGAUUGGGGGUACCUAAAGGUAGACUUUAUGCCGAGUUGGCUAAGGGUAAUAGUAUCACUUUAGAAGAUGGCACUGUAAUCAACUCCGAUCAGGUGUUGAGUGAAACUAGGAACUUUGGGAAAGUUUUGGUCUUGGAUAUUCCAUCAAACAAAUACAUUCCUCGAUUCAUUGAUGAAUUUAAAAAUUAUCCUACGGAUCAAUUGUCAGCUAUCUACUACUUCCUUGGCGAUGAGGUUACCAUCACCGAUGAUUUAUUCCAAUUUUUUGAUACGUUCAGCGAUGAUCAAAUCCAGCAUUAUGUAUCUCAUUCCUCAAUUUCUCCAAACACCAUAGCAUACGAAAGCGCAGCAAUUGCAACUUUAAAGUUGAAAGCAUUGCAAGUAGAAAGUUAUAACAUUCCCAUUACCGAUAGAGUUUACUCCCGGGAGUUUUUCCACUGCUUCCCAAAAGACCUACCAGAAGGAUCAUCAUUAGUUCAACAACAAGAACAUGUGCCAUCAUGUUUGGUGAAAAACGAGAAUAUGCAUGUCUUUGAGAAGAUGAAAGGAAUAGCCUUGGAACCUUUCACUGUUGGUAAAGAAAAUAUGGUCAUACAUGAAUCUCAGUUGCCCACAGCCAAGCAGAGCUCAACGAUUGAUGAAUUGUAUGAGUCUCAUGUGGUUCCAUUAUGCAUUGAAGGUUCGUCUUUAGAACGCACCGUACAUGAACAAGUACACGUCAAUAACUUUGAUAAUAAAACUAAAUUGAAUGAAAUUGAAAUAAUUUCCCUUGGAACUGGUAGUGCAUUGCCAUCUAAGUACCGUAAUGUUAUUUCAACAUUAGUGAAGAUACCGUAUACUGAAGUCGAUGGCACUGUUGUGAACCGUUCUAUCCUUCUCGAUGCAGGGGAAAAUACUUUGGGUACCAUUCACCGUACCAUACCUGAUAUUGAUGUACCGAAGCUUUUCAGAGAUGUAAAGUUGAUAUAUCUAAGUCAUCUCCAUGCUGAUCACCAUUUGGGUAUAGCAAGUCUCAUUAAAGAAUGGUAUAAACACAACAAGCACACUGCCGAUAAACUUUACGUUAUUACGCCAUGGCAGUAUAACAUAUUUGUUCGAGAAUGGUUUAGUCUAGAAGAUCCAGCUAUACUUUCAAGGAUAGAGUACAUAAGCUGCGAACAUCUAAAAGCAGGAGACGAUAUCAGAAAGCAAACAAAGCCAUUAUCCAUGGAUGUCGAUGGAACUUAUGCUACAAAAGGAAGAAAGGAUUUGGAACAUGACGAAGAAAGUGCUGUCAAAGAUACCGCAAAGAUCAAAAAGUUGAUGCAAAACUUACGCUUAAUGUCAUUUAGAACAUGUCCGGCAAUACACUGCGAUUGGGCAUAUUGUAAUUCCAUUUCUUUCUUCCUGAGUGCAAGAAGUAAAGAGCUCUUCAAACUUUCAUACUCUGGUGAUACAAGACCGAACUUCAAUCAGUUCGCAAGAGGAAUAGGUAAAAACUCCGAUCUAUUGAUUCAUGAGGCAACCUUGGAAAAUGAAUUAAAAGUUGAAGCUAUGAAAAAAAGACAUAGUACCAUUAAUGAGGCUAUAAAAGUUUCAAACACGAUGAAUGCAAGAAAACUCUUGCUAACGCAUUUCUCACAAAGAUACCCAAAGGUCCCGAAUACCAACCGUAGUAUCAAGUUGAACGCCAGAGAAUUAUGUUUUGCCUUUGAUGGGAUGAUCGUUUCAUUCAACGAGCUAGGUAAACAACAAGACAAAAUAGAUCUACUUGGCAGCAUCUUUGUCGAAGAAGAAAAUGAUGCCAAAAAAGAAGACGUUAAGGGUUUAGGAAAUAUAUAA